AAGUCUGUUAAUUCCCAAUCAGACUGCUGUGAUAUCGACUGCAUUGCAGGCAUAUUCUAACACUCUUUAAUUAGCUUUCUCUUAUUUUAUUCAGCAUAAACUCUGCAUCUCUCUCUUCUCAUUAUCUAACCCAUUCCUUUCUAUCAACUUGUGGUCCCCAGUCUAGCUGGUUCAAAACUGGAGAGCUAUGUUUAAUCCCCAUCCCCUCCUCCCCAUUCAAUUUUCUCCCUUUGCAGUUUUUUUAAGUCAUCUUUUCUUUUCUUUUUCUGCUUUUUUUCCACUUUCCAAGAGGCUGGGCUUUCUUUCAGUCCUAGAGCCCUCCUAUUUCCCCCUGCCCAUGUGUUAUUUCCCCUGGAUGCCUGCCUACCUUUACUCUGAGAGUUUGAGGAGGAUCCAAUACACUUAGUAAUCUGCCAGCUAUUCCAGGAGGUAUCUAAGGAGGCUGACAGGAGGAGUCUGAAGGUCUCUCUUACAGCCAGUGGCAGCUAUGGUCUGAUGUUGCAAACCGUCUCUCUUUUUUCACACUCACAUAUAGUACUCUUCAACUGUGCUGCUGCUCCUGCUGCCACUGUCUGAAAGGAACCUGACAUACCACACAGGGAAUUUUGAUUUCUUCUGGGGGGGACCAAAAAAAAAAAGGCUGGAAAACCCAUCUGGAGGCUGUGAAGAAGACAUACAGUAAUAGCAAGAAGUGGCAAGCCCUUUCCUUCUUAAACACAAAAAAGGAGAAAACAUAACUUCACUGCCAGGUGUAUGGGACUUAGAUUCUUGAAACACUGCACUGAACUGUUGAAGGUAAACUAUGACCACUUUACUAUUAGUGUUUGUGUGUUUGCGAGUCAUCACUGCAGCCAUCUCUGUGGAAGUUUCAGAUCAUGGUAACACACUGAGUGUGAGCAUACCUGAACGGUCUCCCCUGCGUGUCAUCCUGGGAAACUCUCUGACCAUCCCCUGCUACUUCAUCGACUCAUUGGAUCAUGUCACCACAGCCCCCUAUACUCCUCCUCUGACCCCAAGAAUCAAAUGGAGCAGACUCUCCAAUGGGAAGGAAGUCGUCUUACUAGUGGCCACAGAGGGGCAAGUUCGAAUCAACACUGAGUACACAGAGAUGAUCUCUCUGCCCAACUAUCCUGCCAUCCCCACCGAUGCCACCUUGGAAAUCAAAGCGCUGAGGUCCAACGACACUGGGAUCUAUCGUUGCGAGGUGAUGCAUGGUAUUGAGGACAGCCAGGAUACGAUAGAGAUCAUAGUGAAAGGAAUCGUGUUCCAUUACAGAGCCAUCUCCACCAGGUACACUUUGGACUUUGAGAAGGCAAAGCAGACAUGUAUCCAGAACAGUGCUGUCAUCGCUACCCCUGAACAGCUGCAGGCUGCCUAUGACGAUGGGUUUGAUCAGUGUGAUGCCGGCUGGCUGGCUGAUCAGACUGUCAGGUACCCAAUGCACCAUCCCCGAGAGGGUUGCUAUGGUGACAAGGAUGAAUUUCCUGGAGUGAGGACCUAUGGCAUUCGGGAGACAGAUGAAACAUAUGAUGUUUAUUGUUAUGCAGAGGAAAUGAAAGGUGAAGUCUUCUAUGCCACCUCCCCAGAGAAGUUCACCUUCCAGGAAGCUGCAGAGAAAUGCCUCAGUCUUGGGACCCGUUUGGCCACCACAGGAGAGCUGUACCUGGCAUGGAAGGCUGGAAUGGAUGUGUGCAGUGCAGGCUGGCUGGCAGACCAUAGCGUUCGGUAUCCCAUCUCCAAGGCACGUCCCAACUGUGGCGGGAACCUGGUGGGGGUGCGGACAGUGUACCUCCAUGUCAAUCAGACGGGGUACCCUCACCCUCAUUCACGCUACGAUGCCAUUUGCUACACAGACGAGGACUUUUUAGUCCCUGAGAACUUCACCAUCUGGACCGUCACUCAAACUGAAGUGGAGAUACCUCUCCCACACAAUGUCACAGAGGAGGAAGCCCGAGGGAGCAUUGCAACUCUAGAGCCAAUCGACUUCACACCCACUGCCUCAGAGCUGGAUGAAGGCUUCACAGUGACUCCAGACCUCUUUGCCACUGGUAUCACUGCCGAGACAGCUUUCACAGAGGCAGAGAAUGUGACUGAAGAGGGAGUCACAGCUGUAUGGGUGACUCCUGAAGAGGUCACCAUCUCGGUCCUGGACACUCUUUUCACCAGUUUGGCACCGGAGAUGAGCUCAGCGAAGGAGGACUUGGGGGUGACUGCCACACCAGAACUAGAGUCUGCCUCAGUGGAAGAGAUGAUUGUGCAGGUGACAGCUGCUCCUGAGAGUGGUCUCAUUCCUGAGCAGCCCAUUUCUCCCACUGGUGUCGUGUUUCAUUACCGACCGGCCACCAGCAGGUAUUCCCUCACCUUCACCAAAGCCCAGCAGGCCUGCCUGGAUAACGAUGCUAUCAUCGCCACACCCGAACAACUGCACGCUGCCUACCAGACUGGCUUUCAUCAGUGUGAUGCCGGCUGGCUGCGGGAUCAGACUGUCAGAUACCCCAUUGUGACCCCACGGAAUCAAUGUGUAGGAGACAAGGACAGGUCCCCAGGCGUGCGGACGUAUGGCAUGCGCCCAGCUUCUGAGAUGUACGACGUGUACUGCUACAUUGACCGAUUGAAGGGUGAGGUGUUCUUUGCAACUCAAGCAGAUCAGUUCACCCUCCUAGAAGCCCAGGAAUACUGUGAGAGCCAGAAUGCCACGCUGGCCUCUGUUGGGCAACUCCAUGCCGCCUGGAAGCUGGGCCUGGAUAGAUGCCGCGCUGGCUGGCUUGCUGAUGGCAGCAUCCGAUAUCCCAUUGUGACCCCACGUCCUGCUUGUGGGGGAGACAAACCUGGUGUGAGAACCAUCUACUUGCACCCCAACCAGACGGGCUUUCCUGACCCACUGUCAAGGCACCAUGCCUUCUGUUUCAGAGCCCUGCCAUCUUUGGACAAGGAUGAAUUUGUUGAGGAGCAGAUUGUAACCCAGGUGAUCCCUGGUUUGGAGGAAGUACCCUCUGGGGAGGAGACAACUGUGGAAAUGGAGUUUGCCACUGAACCUGAAAAUCAGACAGAGUGGGGAACAGAAGUCUUUCCAACUGACAUUUCCUUGCUAUCAGUGAGUCCAUCAGCUUUCCCCCCUGUUAGUGCAAUACCAGAUGAAUCCAGUGCAGAGAUUUCUCUCAGUGGAGUGCCUUCAGGGGAGAUAUCUGCAUCUGGAGUACUUGAAAUCAGUGGUGAACCAUCAGCUUCUGGAACAUUUGAACCUAGUGGAGAGCCCUCAGGGAUCGAAGAAAGCGGAGUGCCAUCUGUAGACCUGGAUUUCAGUGGACUUCCUUCUGGACUGCCGUCAGGAGAUGAAAGUGGGCUGCCCUCGGGCAUUAUUGAAGUCAGUGGGUUACCUUCUGGCGAGGAAGACCUAUUAGUGUCUGCUUCUGGAAUCCCAGACCUUAGUGGGGUAACAUCUGGACUGCAAGACAUCAGUGGAAUUCCAGAAAUCAGUGGGCUACCUUCUGGAGAAGUCUCUGGUGUGGAGCUUACUAGUGGCCUGCCUUCUGGAGAAUAUGAUGAAAGUGGACUCCCAUCUGGUUUUCCAUCUAUCUCUCUUGUGGAUACUACUUUGGUGGAAGUUAUGACAACAGUAGCAGAAAGUCAACUGGAAGGAAAAGGAACAAUUGGGGUCAGUGGAGAAGAAGACCUAUCAGGGUUACCAUCUGCUGAAUGGGACAUUAGUGGAAAAGUCAGUGGGUUACCCUCAGGAGUUGAUAUCAGUGGAGCACCAUCUGGGAUACCAGAUAUCAGUGGAGCACCGUCUGGGAUACCUGAUAUCAGUGGGUUACCCUCAGGAAUCGAUUUCAGUGGAGCACCAUCCGGGAUACCUGAUAUCAGCGGAGCACCGUCUGGGAUACCUGAUAUCAGCAGCUUUCCCUCAGGAAUUGAUUUCAGUGGAGAACCAUCUGGGAUACCUGACAUAAGCGGCCUUGUAGACCUAAGUGGCCUUGUUUCUGGUGUUGAUAGAAGUGGAGAGUCCUCAGGCGUUACCUUUUUAAAUACCAGUUUGAUUGAAGUGACGACCCCAUCAGUUACGGAAGCAGAAGCAAAAAAGUUUUUGGAAAUCAGUGGAUUGCCUUCUGGGGACGAAGAUAUAUCAGGCACAGUGUCUGGAAUUUUAGAUAUUAGUGGUCAGCCUUCUGGGCAAAGAGACUUCAGUGGAGGGGUUUCUGGAGCUCCUGAAAUGAGUGGACUUCCAAGUGGAGUAAUUGACAUCAGCGGAGAAACCUCUGGAGUUGAGGUUGUAAGCGGCCUGCCAUCUGGAAUUUAUGAUUAUAGUGGACUCCCAUCUGGCUUUCCCACUAUCUCUCUUGUGGAUACAACUUUAGUGGAAGUUAUAACACAGACAUCUGUUGCACAAGAGGUAGGAGAAGGGCCAUCUGGGAUAUUAGAAAUCAGUGGACUUCCUUCAGGGGAAAGAGAAACAUCUGGAGAAGUGUCUGGAGUUAUGGAUAUUAGUGGGUUACCAUCAGGGACAGUAGACAUCAGUGGAGAGCCAUCAGGCAUUCCAUAUUUUAGUGGAGACAUUUCUGGAGUCACAGACUUAAGUGGAGAGUCCUCAGCAGUGACUGGAUUUAGUGGAGAGGCCUCCGGACUUCCAGGAGUCACCUUGGUCACUUCUGAUUUGGUCGAAGUUGUGACAAAACCAACAGUUUCACAGGAGCUAGGUGGAGAAACAGCUGUGACACUCCCCCAUAUUUUUGAGUCAAGUGGAGAUGGCUCUUCUUCUGGGGAAAUUGGUAGAGAAGCCUCUGCAUUUCCUGAAAUUACUGUAGAAACAUCUGGAUUUCAUCAAAUUAGCAUAGAAACAUCUGCAGUUCCUGAAACUAAUGGUGAAACAUCUGCAUUGCCUGAAAUUACCAUAGAAAUUUCUACAGUUCAUGAAACCAGUGGUGAAACAUCUGCAAUAUCUGAAAUUAGCAUAGAGACUUCUACCAUACAUGAAACCAGUGACAAAAUAUCUGCAUUGCCUGAAAUUAGCAUAGAAACUUCUACAGUUUACAAAACCAGAGGUGAAACAUCUGUAUUGCCUGAAGUUAACAUAGAAACAUCUGGCAUAGCUAUGGUCAGUGGUGAAACUUCUGGAGGACCAGAAGAGAGGAGGGAAGAUUCUUCAGGAACACCCACACACCCACUCCCAGAUGUUUCAGGGGAAACCUCUGCACCAGACAUUGUAAUUAGUACCAGUAUGCCAGACACUGAAUUAACACAAGAGCCCAUGGGUCCUGAAGAGGCCCGGCUUGAAAUACAGUACUCUACUCCCAUGGUUUCAGAACAAGAGACGGAAAUAGCUGUUGUUCUAGAAACUUUAGAGAUAUCACCCACUACCACUGCUAUCUUGCUUCAAGUUUCACCAGAUGCCACCAAUGUGCCAGAACCCACUGCAGAAGUUAUACCCAAGACAUGUGAUGAGAAGCCCUGUGGAGUGGGAACCUGCCAGGAAAGAGAUGGAAACAUCACCUGCUUGUGCCCGCCUGGGUACAUGGGGGACCGCUGUGAUAUAGACCUGGAGGACUGUGACGAGGGCUGGACCAAGUUCCAGGGCCAUUGUUACAAGCACUUUGAACAGAGAGAGACGUGGGUGGAAGCUGAGACCCGGUGCCGGGAACAUCAGUCCCACCUGAGCAGUAUCAUCACUCCAGAAGAACAAGAGUUUGUGAACAACUACGCCCAGGAUUACCAGUGGAUCGGACUCAGUGACAGGGCUAUCGAGCACGACUUCCGCUGGUCCGAUGGAAAUUCACUCCAAUAUGAGAACUGGCGGCCCAACCAGCCCGACAACUUCUUUGCCGCAGGAGAGGAUUGUGUGGUGAUGAUCUGGCAUGAGCAAGGCGAGUGGAAUGAUGUCCCAUGCAACUAUCACCUCCCUUUCACAUGCAAGAAAGGAACAGUUGCCUGUGGGGACCCUCCUGUGGUAGAGAAUGCCAGGACCUUUGGAAGGAAGAAGGACCGAUAUGAAAUAAACUCCAUGGUACGGUACCAGUGCAACCAGGGCUACAUACAACGCCACAUGCCUACAAUUCGGUGCCAACCCAAUGGCCACUGGGAGGAACCACGGAUAGGCUGCAUAGAUCCCUCCAUCUACAAACGCAGACUACACAAGAGGAGCCAAAGGAAUCGGUCGAGAACCAAUGGCAGAGCCGCACAGACACCCACCCGUUAGAGAAGGAAGCGAGAGAUUUUUACGGAAAUUAUAUUAGCAGAGGCAGUUUCUUCUUCUUGAUGUUGUUGCUUUUUUGUCAUAUAAGGAAAAAAAUAUAUUAAAGAAAAACCCCCACCUUUGUGUAUAUAUAUAAAAAAACAAACCAACCUCAGCGCACCAAAGCAAAGGGAAUUAGAUUCCAGCGUUUUGACUAGCCGUCCAGUUCCAAAUACCUUCGUGCCUUUGGGGAAGGGGUGGGAGGGUUGCAGAGGGCGGGUGGGGGGGUUAAGUUAAAUAAUAAAGAAGAUUAUUUUUUCCUGAUUUUAUCCAACAACAAUGUAAUUAUUUCUGUUAUUUAAUGGCUGGAGUGGACGCCACCUUUGUUUUAGUUUAAAGAAUCCUGCUGCUGCGGCAGUACGGCAGGGGGUGGUGCGGUGGGGCAGUCAAUAGCUGUGAAGUGUUGCUGAAUGUAUGAGAGGGGCAUGUAAAGCGGGGGAACGGAAGGGCUAGAGUGAGAUGGAGGGACGAGGCGGGAGGGAAGCCUCUUGGUUUUGGCCCCUCCCCUCUCUCCCACCGCUGGUUCCCGGACGCCGAGUCUCCCCAUCCCCAGGCUGCAUGGCGAAGCAGCUCCCAUCCUGUGAUGGCGCGCUCUUUCUGGGGGACCGUGCAGGGCACCAGGGUUCCCUGCACCUAUUUAUAUUUUUGAAACAUGAUGAUGAUAAUGAUGAGAAAUGAUAAUAAAGAGAGAAAAAUUGGAAUAGUCUUUUUUUGGGGGUGGGAGGGGUAAUUUAAAUACCUUAGCCAAAGUCUCCAGGAUGCUGGUAGGAGCCUGUGUGUGCGUAUCCUGAAUUGCGCUUUUGCUCAUGACGAGGGGCGGGGAGACCCAGCCUGGGAGGAGAGCUUUGGGGUUUUGUUUUUGUAAAAAGCAAAAAAAAAAAAAAAAAAAAAUCCUUUUUUUAUUAUAAGUCUUGUGCCUAAAAUGAGAACCUGACACACGGCAGUGCCUGCUGCUGUCAGUGCUAUUGUGAAACCUGGACAAUAAAACCGGUUGU